UUUCGAUCUCCAUCACCUGCAGCGAACGUCGGUUGCAUCGCGCGAUUUCAUCCUGAAGCAGUCGACAAGUUCUCGAUCGUCGCUUUCCCACUUGCUUUCACUAUGUUUAAUUUGGUAUACUGGUGGCACUAUCUUUCGCAGACCUUCGAUUAUAAGGUCUCACAAGUGACGCAGUCUUCACACUAGUG